CCUCAUCCGGUGAGAUUCGGUGAAAGUGCUGCAGCAGACCGGUGAAGUAACGCUACAAAGACACAUUUCUGAACCUAGCAAAUAUAACUGACAAGGGCUAAAUGGAUAUAACCGAACAGAUCAACCAGCUGGAGGCAGAUUUUGCGGAGCUGGGGUCACUCUUGGAGAAGGCAGAGAGAAAUAGAGUGCAGGAGGUGCUGAAGCAGGAGCAGAAGAAGGUGGAGAAGGAGCUCGCAGCCAAACGUCAACUAAAGGAGAAACAAGCCAGGAAAGAGGCAGACCCAUCUGCUGCCUCUAAAGCAGCAUACACAGUCAAGAUCAACAACUAUGCCUGGGACCAGUCAGAGAAAUUCGUCAAAAUAUACCUUACAUUGAAGGAUGUGCACAAAAUUCCAUCAGAAAAUGUGGAGGUCAACUUUACAGAAAGGUCUUUUUCUGUGUUGGUAAAGGAUCUUGAUGGGAAAAACCAUCAGAUGACAAUUCUCAACCUGUUGUAUCCAAUUGAUGAAAAGGAGAGCUAUAAAAAGAUAAAAACAGACAUGAUCCUGGUCAUGUGCAAGAAGCAGACAACAAAGAAGUGGGACUGUCUAACAACGGUGGAAAAGCAGACUAAAGAGAAAGAUAAACCCAGUGUUGAUGAGAAUGCAGACCCCAGCGAUGGUCUGAUGAACAUGCUGAAGAAGAUUUACUCAGAGGGAGACGACGAGAUGAAGAGAACCAUCAACAAAGCCUGGUCAGAGUCCCAAGAGAAGAAAGUUCGAGGAGGAGGAGGAGACGACAUGAUGGACCUCUAAACUCCAUUCACUGCGUGUACACAGCAGCACCAAGGGAGAGCUGCCAGGGAUGCUUUUGACAUGACUUGAAUAUUAAAUGGUAUGAGUCCAAUAUAUAAGUCAUAUUUUCACAAAAUCUAGAAAAUCAGUCUACACCUUAUAAUAAAGUUUUGGGAUUAAUAUCUAAACCCGGGAUGGCCUAAUUUUGUCCCCGCUUUGAAAUGUCAUGGGAUGAAAUGAAAUGCAGAGACCUUUCAAUAAAUUGCAUGGAAAAUGACUGUACAAAACAUAAGGGCGAUGUCCACCAGAUGGCUACCUUAACACAAAAGAAAACUGCAGCCUUGGUAACUUUGUUUGGUAAUGUAAGAUUUCAUCUGUUAAAGGACCAAAAUGCAGUAGUUUUUCUUGAGAUUAAUGUCUGUUAGAAAUGUAUUGUCUAAAAUGGACCGGGGUUCAUUAAAUACGUGAGACAUGUUCUGUAAAGUCACAUCUUAAUAUCGUUCCUAUGCAGCUCAACUGAGCUGAAGUUGUUCAAAGUGUACAUUUGCCAAACUCGUGCUCAUAUUCCUUUCAUAUCAGCCUUUUUAUUUUUUGUCAUUCCAUAAAUAGCUCAAAUGAAAGCUGCAAAGAGAAUACUGCUCAUGCAUCAGUCUCAUGUGAUAACUAACAUUACUGCAUAGGUCUGUGUUUGACAUUUAAUGUAUUUUAUACAUUCCUUUUGCAUAGUGUAAUGAUCUAAACACUUUGUAAUUCCUUCAUAUGACUGUUGCAUUUUCAUCUUAUUGUCAAUAAGAUUGCAACCACUAUAUUUACAGUAUCACUGUUGAAGUUGCCUAUUUCCCUCCAGCAUUGCUGAAUAUCUAAGAUGUAUGUUUUUAUUAUGUUGAUUAUUUUACCUCUGCUUUUGUUAUGGUCUUACAUGUAUUGUUGCCUGCCCUCAGGUUGUUCAUGACGUUCUCACAAAUAUAGAUCUUGAACUAA